GUGUAACAACAAUUUGGAAUGAUUUGUAUUGUGUUCCUGCGCCCUGAUGAUUGUAAAGCGCCUGUUUCAAGUCUACACUUGGGAAUCAUCUAUGCACAGCCACCUGGGAUAAUUUAAUUGUGAGCUUCCCUUACUUCAAAGAUGAGUGGCUCCAAACCAGACAUCUUGUGGUCUCCACAUCACGUGGAUCGCUAUGUGAUUUGUGAUUCUGAGCUCAGCUUAUAUCGCAUUGAGUCUGUCGGGAGUUCUGAAGCAAAGGCAGGAGCUCUUAGACUUUCUGAAGAAACUGCAGCAACACUUUUGGCAAUUAAUUCUGACACACCGUAUAUGAAAUGUGUGGCCUGGUAUCCCAAACCAGAACCAGAAUGCUUGCUUGCAGUUGGUCAGGCCAACGGCAGAGUUGUGCUUACUAGCCUUGGACAGAGUCAUAAUUCAAAAUGUAAAGAUUUAAUGGGGAAAGAGUUUGUUCCGAAGCACGCGCGACAGUGUAACACCUUGGCAUGGAACCCAGUAGAGAGUAAUUGGCUGGCUGCCGGACUGGAUAAACACAGAGCAGAUUUUUCUGUGUUAAUAUGGGACAUUAGCAGUAAGUUCACCUUAGAAACUUCAGUUACAGCAGAGAAGAUCCGACUUUCAGCUGGUGAUACAGAUAGUAAUUUAGUGGUGACCAAACCCCUUUAUGAACUGGGUCAAAAUGAUGCUUGCCUUUCACUUUGUUGGCUACCUAGGGAUCAAAAAUUGCUGCUUGCGGGAAUGCACCGCAAUUUAGCUAUUUUUGACCUGAGAAACACCAGCCAGAAAAUGUUUGUGAACACAAAAGCCAUUCAAGGGGUGACUGUUGAUCCUCACUUUCAUGACCGUGUGGCUUCAUUUUUUGAAGGACAAGUGGCAAUUUGGGAUCUUCGAAAAUUUGAAAAGCCAGUGUUGACAUUAACUGAGCAACCAAAACCUUUAACCAAGGUUGCGUGGUGCCCUACUAGAACUGGUUUACUAGCUACUUUAACUAGAGAUAGCAAUGUAAUACGAUUGUAUGAUAUGCAGCACACACCGACUCCAAUCGGGGAUGAAACUGAGCCCACUAUCAUAGAGAGAAGUGUGCAGCCUUGCGAAAACUACCUUGCUUCAUUUGCUUGGCAUCCGUCAAGCCAAAACCGCAUGGUUGUGGUAACACCAAAUCGUUCAAUGGUAGACUUUACUGUUUUUGAGCGCAUCUCGUUUGCCUGGAGUUCCACAACCUCACUCAUGUGGGCCUGCGGAAGACAUCUGUAUGAGUGCACUGAAGAAGCUGGGGUGAGCUCUACAGAGAAGGAUAUUUCCACCAAAAUGAGAGAGAGAGCGCUUUCUCGAUAUGGUCAUGACACUGAGCAAGUCUGGAAGAACCACCUGUUAGCAGGAGGUGAUGACCCACAACUCAAGUCCCUCUGGUAUACCUUACAUUUUAUGAAACAAUAUACAGAAGAUUUGGAGCAAAAACCUCUUGGGAACAAGCAUCCAAUUGUCUACUCUGGAAUUAAAAACAUUGUGAAGGCAGGUUCAGGUUCAACAGAAAAUGCAAGGUGUUGGAAUGGAUCUGAGCUGAAGGCAGAUGUCAUUCGCUAUCAUAAUGAAGAAAGGUGUCUUGCCUUGCAACUUUGUGGCUGGAUUAAAAAGGGACCAGAAAUUCAUGUGGAACCAUUUCUUCAGUCUCUGGAACAGGAAGGAGAAUGGGAGCGUGCAGCUGCUAUUGUCCUUUUUAACCUGGAUAUACGAAGAUCAAUAGAAAUUCUGAACAAGGGAGCAACCUCAGAAAAAGGGGAUCUUAAUCUUAGUGUCGUAGCAAUGGCUUUAUCCGGUUACACUGAUGAGACAAAUUCUCUUUGGAGAGAAAUGUGCAGUACUUCAAGAUUACAGUUAAAAAAUCCUUAUCUGUCUGUGAUGUUUGCUUUUCUCACAAGUGAACGAGGUUCUUAUGAUGCUGUACUGUAUGAAAGCCGUGUUGCUGUAAGAGAUAGAGUGGCCUUUGCUUGUAUGUUUCUCAGUGAUUCUCAGCUACCACGGUACAUUGACAAGUUGACUAGUGAAAUGAAGGAUGCUGGGAAUCUUGAAGGAAUACUUCUUACAGGCCUAACAAAAGAUGGAGUUGAUCUUAUGGAGAGUUAUGUUGACAGGACUGGUGAUGUGCAGACUGCAAGUUUCUGUAUGCUUAAGGGUUCCACAGGAGAGGUUGUUAAAGACCCAAGAGUCCAGUGCUGGAUUGAAAACUAUCGCAAUUUGUUAGAUGCUUGGAGAUUUUGGCACAAGAGAGCAGAGUUUGAUAUCCAUCGGAGCAAACUGGACCCUAGUUCUAAACCCCUAGCACAAGUAUUUGUAAGCUGUAAUUUUUGUGGGAAAUCCAUCUCCUAUAGUUGCUCAGCCAUGCCACAUCAGUGACGUGACUUUAGUCAAUAUGGAGUUACUGGUUCUCCAACUAAAUCAAAAGUGACAAGUUGCCCAGGGUGUCGCAAGCCCCUUCCACGAUGUGCUCUGUGUCUCAUGAACAUGGGGACACCCGUUUCCAGCUGUCCAGGGACAGCAAAGUCCGAUGAAAAGGUUGAUCUCAGUAAAGACAAGAAAUUGGCCGAGUUUAAUAACUGGUUCACCUGGUGCCAUAACUGUCGACAUGGAGGCCAUGCGGGGCAUAUGCUCAGUUGGUUCAGAGAUCACACUGAGUGCCCAGUGUCUGCCUGUAAUUGCAAGUGUAUGCAGCUGGAUACUACCGGCAGCUUAACUCCGUCAGAUACGGCCCAGUAGAAGUACAUGAUAAACACAGAAGGAAAAACAAAUCAAACAAUUGAAAUGUUUGGAUUCUCUUUGAAAGACUGGUGCUCUGAAAUGAAGAUGAAAGUGCCUUACAUGUUUCCAUUUAUUAAAGCUGAAGGUUUCCUUUUCAGAAGAGCCAUCCCUAAAUAAAAAUGAUCAUCUUAAAUUCUGCCAAGGAAAACAUAAGACUAAGCAUCAUUGAAGGGACAGAAAAUAAGGAGCAUCAAGAACAGCUUUUCAUUAAAAGUCCAGUAAAAUUGUUUUCCUUUGGAGGUGCUUUUACUAUAAUCAAUGUUAGAUUUAUAAUGGCACAGACUGUUUCUUACUGUGUAAAGCUGUGUUAUUUUGUAAAUAGGUGUACAACUGUUUGUAAAAGAUACAUAUUUAAAAUAAAAAUGGACUUUUUGUCCAUGAAACAA